CUCAAGCCUAUGCACCAGGAGAGUGGCUUGCCCGGCGCCAGACACAAGCCGUACACUUUGUAAAGGCCUUGGUAUGUUCAGUGCGCUCGGCCUGUGGGAUGAGACCGAGGAGCAGGAGACUCCUCGGCACGACAAGCCGCUCCAGACUGAACGCGCACACAGCGCUCGUCGGAACCCGGACACGGACGCUGCCUACGAGCGAGCUGCACCGAGCCAGCCCUCGGAGUCUGCGAGCCUGGUCACCGAAGGCUGGAACGCCAUCCAGACCGUCUGGGAGACCGUCAGCAAGGCCUCGGCGAGCCUCGGCGAGGCCUUCGACCUGGGCGCGGCCGACGAGUCGGCACCGCCCGCGACCUCGCCCGAGGAGCCCCGGGCUUCGCGCUGCCGGGCGCUCUCCACGCCCCCGGCGCUGCGCGCGUCCACGCCCCGGGCCGCCAGCGCAGCGCCGUGGACGCCGCGGCGCCCGGCGGGGGCCCUGCCGCAGGAGGCGGGCGCGAAGGGCCCGUGCGUGCCCGGCGGGCAGCUCCGCCUGAUGAUCAUCGGGCUCGCGCAGCCGCGCUCCGCCCGCGGCGGGGCCGCGGUGCCCCUGGCCUGCGGGGGCGCUGGCAAGAGCCCCCGCUGGGAGGGCCCAACGCCGCUGCUCUUCGCCGGGCUCACCCCCGAGUACCAGGAGAGCCCCAAGCCAAGUGGCGCGGUGCGGGAGUCGGAGCAGGCACGGAGAGUGCAGUGGAGGAAGACCGCCUCGUGCUUGUCUAGCGGGGGCACGAGGAGCUACGAGGAGACCUCGGACCGCGUGCAGAGGCCUGCCCGCAGGACCGAUCGCCGAUGCCGCGGGUCGCGGCGUGAGCGGUCCUGCGUGCAUGUUGUCCACGUGGACUCUUCGAGGCCGCCCGCCUCUUGGCUUCUGUAGGCGCCUCGACGAUCUGAAGGUAGCGCAAGCAGGAACUUUCGGAGGCCUGCGCGGUUUCUCGUGGGUUCGCCCUUCAGGGCCCGAUAUGACCCGACGCUUGCAUGGCGUUGUUGUACACCCUGGCGCGGCCGAUUCGAUUAUGUUCUGACUUCGUGCUGAUGUGAACCGAUACAGCGCACAUUCUAAGUCGAUCCG